AUGGGGCGUCGGCGUCUCUAUCAUACCGAAGAAGAGAAAGCCAAAGCUCGGAAAACGAAAGCCAAGUUAUACUAUGUCGCGAAUCACAUUAACAUCUGCCGCCGCUCGCAUCUACAAUACAAGAAAAAAGUAGACGCAAUAAAGAAAGAGAAAUUACGGAAGAUUCUUGAAGGUUCAGACGAUGAUAGUGAGAUCAGGGACAAUCCUCUUACUAUCAUCGCGAAUGCCCGUGAACGGGUCGAUCGAGUGACGAAUGGGGCAAUCUAUACUUAUGUCGACAAACUAGUCCUUUGGUGCCUCAAAAACCCCGAGGAAGCCGUCCAGCUGUGUGUUUUCCGAAAAGAUUGUUGGCGUGAAUUGAUGGAGCAAGUCCAAGAGGCGUUGAGAGAGAUACAGCAAGAGCAUGGCUGCGGGGACGUAUACAAGGAAGCUGAUUUAGUAGGCAAGGAUAUCUGCCAUGCCGUGACCCUCAUCGAGGAGAUACAUACUCACACGGUUACGUCCCUUGAUGAAAUGGAGGAUUGGCACUCCAGCAGGAUUUUUUUGUACCAGAUUUGUGCUGAAGGUUCCGAGGUGUCCAUAUAA